AUGGCUCUACCUAGAACCCAAAGGGGAAAGGACUCUAUAAUGGUUGUAGUUGACAGAUUCUCUAAAAUGGCCCACUUUAUAGCCUGUACAAAAAUUGAUGAUGCUAGACAUAUUGCUACCUUGUAUUUCAGUGAGAUAGUUAGACUUCAUGAAGUUCCAAAGUCCAUCACUUUAGAUAGGGACAUCAAGUUUCUUAAUUUCUUUUGGGGGAACAUUAUGGAAGACAAGCAGAGUUUGCCUAUAACAGUUGUCCUAGUUCACCAACCAAGUGUUCUCCCUUUGAAUGUGUCUAUGGAGAAAAAACAAUUGGGUGCAGAACAAUUAGUUGAGACUAUGCUGAAAAUCCACAAACAAGUCCAGGAGAACAUUGUGAAAGCUAACAUCUAA